CCUGCCAUUGUUUGAGAGUUUCAGAGCCUCUGGGAAAGGGUGUUUUCAGGCCUUCUUCAAAGCUUUUCCGGUCGAUGCAUGGUUUGAUGCAUGCAUGCCCCUCCACCCCCCUUGUCGCGCCCAUGCUUGUUCUUGAUCAGGAAUCCAUUGGAUCGGCAAUGGCCAUGCAGGCUUUGAUCUUGCAAGACCAAUGGGCAUGUGGUGCAAUAAUUGUUUGGUGCCUAUCCAAGAAAAGCAAAAAAGACGCAAGAUCAGGAAGAAAUCUCUUUCAGCUUUUGGACCCCCCCCCCCCUGCGGUACCAAGAGAAUAGAUGCCCCGACUUGAUUGUUUUAGCUUGUUGGUCUGGAUGAACUUUAUAUCCAUUUCGCCGGGAAUUUUGAUUAUUGGGACAUUUCUUUUGCUUAAAUUCCCUAAUCCUAAUAGUAACAUUCUCCAGCAUACGUACCCUCAUAUUGUUCUUGCCAUCCCCAGAGAGAUGGCAAAUAGAACAUUACUGUUGCCCAUACAACUGUGCGGCAUUUGAUUCCCUGGAAAGAAAAGACUAUAAAAGAAUCACAGAAAUAUUUUCACAACGUAACACAGAGUCGUUAGCAGUUUGCGAUUUCAAUCUCUAAUCGUUCAAAUCUUGUGUGUGUUCUUGAAAAAAUUCUCAAUUUAGCAUUUACAUGACGAUUAGUAUUUGUACACAACAGGAUGACAUCUCGAGCCCCAUUGCGGCGCACAUCCUGGACUUCUGCGACGAUGGCAGCGGCGGGGACCUCUUCGCGGCGGCCUCGGACAUGUUCACGGCGUCCUCCGAGGACGCCUCGUCGUCGUCCGUAACGACGCCUCCCGCGCCCUGCAGCCACGGCGACAACGUGUCGUCGGGCGCCACGGCCGCCGCCGCCUCGGCCUUCUCCCCCAUGCCGUCCCUGGACUCCACCCUAUCGGCGCUCCUCGAGGAGGACGAUCCGCCAGUUCCGGACACCGAACUCCUCCUGCCCAUCGAUUACCAGUUCGCGGCAGCGGUGGCCGGGGACGAGCCGCCCCAGCCGGAGCAGCAGUUCGGCCAGGUUCCGGUGGCGCUCCCAUCAAUGGCCUCCGCGGCGGAACAACCGGCGGCUCUGCAGACGCAGAUGAGCAGCACGGCGUCGGAGCUCAUGCACCUCACCUCCUCCGGAUACGGCGACGAGUGCUUUGCGGCGGCGAUGGCCGGCGGAGGGUAUGUGGGCCUGGAAGAGGCCCUGUGCCAGCAGCAGCAGCCGCCGCCGCCGCCGCAGCCCGGCGCGCUGCUUCCCGCCGGCGUCAUGGAAUCCGCGGCGCAGGGGUGCUUCUUCGGCAAGGACGCGGCGGCGCAGGGCGGCUUCUUCGGGGCCGCCGGCUGCACCGGCAUGGUGAUGUCCAUGAUGGGGAUGGAGGAGAUCGGCGAGUACCAGCGGAUGAUGGAGAGCGCGAGCGCCGCGCUGGCCGCCACGCACAGCCCCGACGCGGACUCCGCCGCCGCCGCCGCCGCGGCGGCGCAGAUGGCGUUCGGCGGCAACGCCGGGGAAAUGCAGAUGGGCGGCGGCAUGAGCCCGGGGCGGCUGCCGGCGGCGACGGAGGCGUCGAGCCUGGAGGACGCGAGCUUCAAGACCGCGAAAAUCAGCGUGGAGGAGAGACGGGAGAAGAUCCACAGGUACAUCAAGAAGCGGAACGAGCGCAACUUCAGCAAGAAGAUCAAGUACGCCUGCAGGAAGACCCUGGCGGACAGCAGGCCUCGCGUGCGCGGCAGGUUCGCCAAGAACGACGACUACGGCGAGCCGUCAAGGGCGCUGCAGAACCACGACGAGUAUGAUCAGAUUGCAGGGUUGAAGGAGGAAGACAUGCUCGACACCGACGCCCUGCAGGCGCACCUCAGCGGGAUGAAUUCCUACAAGUACAACCACACGGUCGAGUCCUGGAUGUAGUGCAAGCGAGACAUGGCUAACGUUUCCCGUUUCUGUUUCCAAAUUUUGUGCAGAUUUCAACAGUAUUUUUGUCAUUUGGUCCCAUGGAAUAAUUUAUACUGUAUAGGUUAUGAAGUGCAGUGCGCAGCUUGAGUUUGCAAUAUAGAUCUACCAAGUAGUCUUGUUUCUGUAUUGUCAA